CGGAUUUAUUGAUGAAAAAUGCUACAAUCAGCUGGAAUACUUCUUCUAACAUUCCUAUCCUGGUCGACUGCUGAAGUGGCUAAGAAUGGCAGUGGCAGGUGUUCCCCUCGUGGAAAAGCAGCGAGGGUCGAGGAAGUGCCAUGGAUAGCUUCGAUUCAGUCUAAUAAUACGCAAUUGUGCAGCGGGGCAAUCAUCAAUCCAAAAUUCGUACUAAUCACCGCGAAUUGCCUGACAAACGUCAACAUAACUACUGUCAAGGUGCUCGUUGGCAAUCCCGAUCGAGACUCGGGAUCUUCUUUUGGGGUUUGCAACGAAAUCAUCCAUACGCGGAACCCAAAGCAUACUAGCGAUGACAAUCUUUCCUUGCUGAAACUCUGUGAACCUCUUACCACCUCUGCCAAGGUCAAGGCCAUCGAUAUAAUCGACAAGCAGCCCGAGGAGGGAGCCAGGGGCUCAGUCGCCGGAUGGGGUUCCCUCACCAAGGGGCGAUUUAAGUCAAAAGACUGCUGGGCCAAGCAUUCAAAGGUCCUGCGAAAAACUGAUGUCCAGCUCUUAGAUAUCAAGGAAUGCGCCACUCGACGAAAAAAGUCUUUUAGCAAGCUGAGCCUUUCGGAUGCUAACAUUUGCAGUGAAAAGCGGGAUUUCAGUUGCUCCUAUGAUGCGGGAUCUCCUCUGGUCAUAGAUGGCAAGCUUGCGGGUAUAAUAACCGCCGGCACUUGUUUGAGGAAGCCCGAAAUCUAUGCCAGUUUGUACAAUUACAGGAAAUGGAUAGAAACCAGUACAAAGGACAAGUAAUGCCCAGAAGCUGUAUUCGUUUAAUCAUGUAAACUUCAAAAAUUAUAUUUGCUUAAGAAUAUAAACAUUCAUUUUCUAAAAAGUUUA